UUUGGUAGAUGUCAACAUUUUAACGAAAGUGUAGAUUCAUACGUACUUGUAAAGUUGGCAUAUCUAUUAUUAAAAUGCAAUAAACGUUUUGUGGGAGAAAUAAGUGGAAAAACACACAUACGCGUGCACCGGAAAACGUUGGCUAGCGCAGAAAAUUUAAAAGCAUUGCAUAGUUUUGGACUGAAAUUUCGAAAUUUUUUGGAGAAUUGCAAUACUUUUGUUUUUUAGAAAUCAGCACAAAUACAUUUUCAGUGGCUAAUGAAUUCCAAGCUCCUUAAUCUGGUGUGGGCCCAUUAUCAUGGCAUGCAAUGUACAACCAAUACAAAAACAACAACAUCAGCGGCAAAACGAACAGCACAACUCAUUAGAGCAGCAAUGUAUUAGGCAACUGCAAAAGCAACAGCAACAAUCAUCUUUGCCACAACGUCAUCAGCAACAGCCACAUUAUCGAAGUCAGCAGCGGCAUCUCCAACAACAACAACAACAAUUGCAGGCAAUCAAGCAGCAGCGCAGUUCUGCAGAAUGCCAGCAAUUGACGCAACAGCGAACGCGCUCGUUGCAUGCAACGCUUAAAUUGUUGCAACGACCCUCGACCACCGUAACGCUGUUGUUGCAAUUGCUGGUGUUGUUGUCGGCAAGCCCAACGGCACUUGGCGAAGGCAAUGUCGUGGUUGAAUUUCAACUGCUGGGCGAACUCUAG